AUGGGUGGCAAACGCAUUACUCGAUUCUUUACCUCUUUGUCGGCUUCUACUCCUAAACGUCAGCAACGUACUCCCCAAGCUGAAGCCGAGUUCAAGAGAACUGCUGAAAAGCGGCAAGAACGGCUUAAUCAGAUUAUCAAUCCUCCUCCUCGUAUCCCUGCUCCUGCUCCACCACCACCACCAGAAUGGGCCGAGAUUGUCGGCAACGAUGAUCAUGCCUGGAUUGAUGAGCCAGAUGACAACGAUGAAGAUGGCGAAGUAGUUAGACCAUCACAAUAUGUACGCCGCCGACAGUAUCGAAAGUACUUUGCUAAACGUCAAGACUUCUUUCGCGAAUGGGCUCAUCUCGAGGAUCAAAUGAUGGCUACGUACCUAUACUGCCAGCAUACCACGAAAAAUUGGACAACCCAAGAGUCGUAUCACGAAGUCAAACCUAGUGGAUGUUCCUGUUCUCCCAACGAUCAUCAUCCUCCACGCCAAAUUGAUUUGAUUGACGUACUCGGACAUCAAAGUCCGUCCAUGAGCUUCUGCAAGUGUCAACCAGAAGUUAUCCAGCUACUUCACCGAGGAUACAUAGCCAGCUCGCCUUCCAAGCCCCGCACAGCGUUCUCGGUCCGUUACAUUCAGCUCUACCACGACCUAUGGGAACAAUCCGGGCUCAACAAGAGCGGAUAUGUUCAAGGACUUAUCAAAUUCAUCUCUAGACGUACUCGCCGCCAACUCACAGCUCGAGGUAUCCAACAAAAAUCUCGUAUUCUCAGGGUGCCAUUUUCCAAUGCACACGAUGUCUAUGCCCGAAUUUCCCGUCUUCAAACCUCUCUGCUUCAUGUCGUUAUGCUACAUACAAAGGAAGAAUUAUGGGCAGCCAAGUGUGCCCAAUGUUUCGGCCCAGCUGAAGCCAGUAAGGAUCAACCGCUCGAUGCUGAAUAUCCCUCCAUCUUUGUCAAGCCGACCGACAUUCAAAGAAACGAGGUUGUUCUAGAAACAACAUCUAAUGUUGUUCUUGAAGGUGGACACAAUGUGCUCCUAGAAAGCAGCGGCAAAUGGCUUUUGACCCGAAUGCAACAGGCUCAUGAAACUGUCAAGAAGAGUCAGACUCUAUUGACUAACAUCUAUGCAUUCCCGAAUCCUUAUCAACCAGGCCAUCUUUAUACUGAGGACUUCUUCGACAAACAAUGGAAAGAUCAAAGAGAAGCAAUCGUUAGCCCAAAGGUUCAACAAGAAAUACAAAAACUCGAACUUGGCAAACUCCUUUGUCUAGAAGCCGAACAUGAUAAGGCGUGGCAGACAUUGAUUCACACUCCUGAACAAGCGAUUGCUCGGGCUCGGUUGGUUGGUGACCUUCAAAAAAGGAUUGCAGCUCAAAGGAGAAAGGUUGGUUCGGACGCAAUGACUAAUGAUUUAUCUGAAAAACAUACGAAUUUGUUAUUGAAACUUUGGUAUUCCAAAACGGCGAUGCGACAGCUCUUCCUUGCUCUGAAGGAGGAGAAACAUCCUCUUGAGAUUGUACAGCAAGUUGGAAUGUCAACUAAACUAGGUCAGCGUGGUCAACAGAAGGUAUUAGCUGCCAUCAAGACUUGUGCUGCCAAGUUACAACCGGCGCUUGACAUCUACAGCGAAAACCUGACAGGCUACAAGGCCGCCUUCCCUGAUCGUCCUGCACCGAGACCAAUCACCUUUGACAAGCUCUUAGCCAUCGAGGCCGAUGACGCAUUUUGGAACGACGGCCUCUUUACAUAUGACGAUCAGCCAUGGGCAAUCGAUACACCCACUCAGACUGGGAUGUGUGCAUUGGCCCGCUUUCGGCGAGUGUUCCAAAUGUUGACUUCCACCCAGCCUGGUGAUGCCUCUUUAAUUCGUACGUGGCAUUAUCAGGUGGCGCAAGUGUUAUAUCUUGACAAUCAAGAGCACUCCUCCAUGAUCGACGGCGAUUUUGAGACUGUUAUUGAUGGAGUACAGGCAUUCUACAACAUAGCCCCUGAAUUUCGGUACGAUGAAAUGGCCUUAGACAGGAUGGAAGAAAAUGUUCCAGAGGAGCCAGAUGAGGAUGAGUUUCCGGGAGAUGAAGAUAUUGAAGUUGUUUAUGAAAAGUUUAUGCAUUUAGAUGAGAUACAUGAUGUGCUGCGGGAAACUUAA